AAACCCGGAACAAAUAUUGCAUUUCAGAAAUGGUUACAGAUCAGAACCCAUGGAACGGAGAUGGAAGAAAUUUUGAUAAUGAUUCGACAUUCUAUAAUGAGAAAUCUCUUUUCAUUCCUUUUAUGUACAUCUUUGAGACUCACGAUCAUCUACAAAGGAGCUAGAAAUAUUCGGACAAAUUUGAUUUCAAGUUCAUCUUUAACAUUAGCACAAUUAGCCAAUGUUCUGAAACUUAGCCGACGAAGUUCUAAAGAUUCAUCGGACAAGUAUGAAGAAUAUGAAGGAAGCCUAGGUGGCGAUGAGUCCAAUUACGAGAAAGAAAUUGAUAAAUUUAUCGUGGAUUAUGAAAUAGAAUUCCGAAAUGACUUUGUAGUUCAAAUUUUGUCAGAAGGUGAAUUAAUUAUUUAUGUUUGGAUACCAUUAUUGAGGAAUGCGUUUCUCGUAAAGAAUGAAAUCCUAGCUCAGGAGGUUGUGUCAACGGUAUUUGUAUCAAAACUCUUUGAAUGUACUUACAAUGGACUUAAAAGAAGUGGAACUGUAGAAGGGUUUAAAACAAGUAGUAGCUGUAAAGAUGUAAGGAAUACAAUUACAUCAAUGUCAUUAAUUAAUUUAAAAGGGACUUUACAUAAUAUUCAAAGUGUUGAAAUGGGUCAUGGGGCUUUCGUUUCUUAUACAGUAACUAUUACAUGUUAG